AUGAUGUCCUUUAUCUCUCUGCUCCUGGUUGGCAUCAUGUUUCCUGCCAUCCAGGCAAAGCAAUUUACUAAAUGUGAGCUGUCCCAGGUUCUGAAAGACAUGGAUGGCUUUGGAGGCAUUGCCUUGCCUGAAUGGAUCUGUACUAUAUUUCAUACCAGUGGCUAUGAUACACAAACCAUAGUCAAUAACAAUGGCAGCACAGAAUAUGGACUCUUCCAGAUCAACAAUAAAGUUUGGUGCAAGGACAACAAGAUCCUUCAGUCAAGGAACAUCUGUAACAUCUCCUGUGACAAGUUCCUGGAUGAUGACCUUACUGAUGACAUGACUUGUGCUAAGAAGAUUCUGAACAAGGAAGGAAUCGACUACUGGUUGGCCCAUAAACCACUCUGCUCUGAGAAGCUGGAACAGUGGCACUGUGAGAAGUUGUGAGUGCCUGCUGUCAUUGUUACUUCUGCCUUCUGUAUGUUCCUAGAAUGUCUCCUACCUAAGGCUGCCUGAAUUUGCUUCUUUCUUCCCCCCUGAAGCUGAUUUGUCUCUGAGUCCUGAACCCUAUCGUGACACCAUUGAACACCUGAGGACUGUUCUCCAGAGAUGCAUGACUGUACACUGGACUUUUGACCCUUGCUCAUUGCCCU